ACCGCAAAACUAAAAAUAAACCGAUUCAAAAAAAUAGUUUUGGCAUCACUUCAACAAUUUGUUUUUCUUUCCGUUCUGCAAUUUCCAAACGUCAAGAUGGCUGAGGUUGAUGAAACUCUUAAAAAGAAGCGUGCGUUCAAAAAGUUCACCUACCGAGGUGUUGACUUGGACCAACUUUUGGACAUGCCAAACAACCAACUUGUCGAAUUAAUGCACAGCCGUGCUCGCAGGAGGUUCUCCCGUGGUCUUAAGCGCAAGCCAAUGGCCCUUAUCAAGAAAUUGAGGAAGGCCAAGAAGGAGGCACCACCAAAUGAGAAACCCGACAUCGUCAAGACUCACUUGAGGAACAUGAUCAUUGUUCCAGAGAUGACCGGAUCCAUCAUUGGUGUGUACAAUGGCAAAGAUUUCAGCCAGGUUGAAAUCAAACCAGAAAUGAUUGGACACUACUUGGGAGAAUUCUCCUUCACAUACAAACCCGUUAAGCACGGUAGGCCCGGUAUUGGUGCCACCCACAGCUCUAGGUUUAUUCCACUUAAGUAAAAGAAAUCAUGGAGAACGUUUCAUAGUUUUAAUAAACUAACUUUUUAUAAAAAGAAAGUGCA